GGACUUGAAAAUUAUUUGAAAUUUAUGUUUGUUUUGAGUACAAUUGGACCAGCAGCAUAUCAUCUGAACUAUGUAUAUCGCUCUGUUAUAAGUGUGACUGUGCCUGACCAAUUUUUAAUUGUGUUAAUGAAAUUAAGGCGUUACACAACAAACUGUCUAGAAUGUUCAGUGUUGCUGAAAGUGUAAUUUCAAACAUAUUCAUUACAUGGGUUCUCUUCAUGGAGAAACAGUGGAGGGAACUCAACAUCUGGCCGAGCCAAGAACUUGUUAAGCACUUUGCUCCAAGCAGUUUCAAAAGAAACUACCCAAACACAGUUAUAGUAGAUGGAACAGAAGGUCCAAUUAAAAAACCUAAAAACCCAACCGCCCAGCAAGCCACGUGUUCUACAUAUAAAAACACGAAUACUGUGAAAGUGCUGAUAGGAACUUCACUAGGGGGUUUGGUUUCAUAUGUGUCACCUUCAUAUGGAGGCUCAACAAGUGACAGGCAGAUUGUGGAGCAUAGCUCAUUAGCUGUGAUGUGCGAUAAAAAAGACAGUAUUAUGGCCGACAAAGGUUUUAAUGUACAGGACAUUUUUGCGCCGCAUGAUGUAUUUAUUAACAUUCCAACAUUCUUUAAGAAAAAAAAUAGAAUGUCCAAUGAAACUGUGAUAAAGGAUCGGAAAAUUGCAAGUAAACGGGUGCAUAUAGAGAGGAUUACUGGACUGGCGAAAACAUACAAGAUACUGACAGAGCCCAUGAUAGCAACAGAAACCAAACUCUCAUCUGAAAUAAUUUUUGUGUGUUUUAUGCUGUGUAAUUUUAGAAAUGGCAUUGUGCCCUCGUAUGCCUGAACUUACAAACAUAUGUUCACCUUUAUAUUUAAGCAACACUCUUAUUCAAAAUCAAAUCUUACACACGUAUAACAAAAAAAUGAGUGAUUAACUUUAACUUCUUACUAUAUAAUGCAUUUAUAAAAAGUAUUAAUAACUGAUAGCAAGAUCAAAAGAUCCUUCAAAAGAACCAUAGUUUUCAACAUUUAUUCAACCUUUUGGGUAUAUUAAUCUUAUUUGGGAGUAAGAGUGCUGCUUUAACAUUUACUGUUUAUGUUGUGUUUUUUUGUAAAUAAAUAUUUAAAUAUG